AUGCCUAGAGUGAAUCAGAAAGAUUGUGAUAAGUAUAAUCUACCAAUAAAUACGAUGUGGAUUCAAAGAGAUAGCUGUGAAGACAAUAAACGAUUCAAGUGCAAAAGAGGAUAUGUAUCACAAGUUCAAACAACUUGUAAAAACGAAGUCUGGAUUUUGGAACCAGCUUGUCAAGAGUGUACACAAGGUGUGAAUAUCACUAACUCUGAUGAUGUAACAGAAUCUAGAAUAUUUGGUGAAGAUUUUAGUUUUAACUGUUCAGUUGGCUACACUAAGAAUGGUGAGACGGGUACUCUGAGGUGUGAUGUAAAUGGUAUGUGGCUAGAACAACAAGCUUGUCAAGAGUGUACACAAGGUGUGAAUAUCACUAACUCUGAUGAUGUAACAGAAUCUAGAAUAUUUGGUGAAGAUUUUAGUUUUAACUGUUCAGUUGGCUACACUAAGAAUGGUGGGACGGGUACUCUGAGGUGUGGUGAAAAUGGUAUGUGGCUAGAACAACAAGCUUGUCAAGCUGUAGAGUGUCCACAAGGUGUGAAUAUCACUAACUCUGAUGAUGUAACAGAAUCAAGAAUAUUUGGUGAAGAUUUUAGUUUUAACUGUUCAGUUGGCUCCACUAAGAAUGGUGAGACGGGUACUCUGAGGUGUGGUGUAAAUGGUACUUGGACAGAACAACAAGCUUGUCCAGGAUGUUACAAGUUUUUGAAUAAAACAUGUUUAGCACCGAGUUUCUUUUACUAUGAUGAUUACACGUCAACUGAAGAUGACCAAUGUGAUGAAGAUUGUAAUUCUAUUACUGGGUGUACCGCUUCAUUAUAUGAAAGCAAUAAUUGUAAUUUUUACACAGCUCCGAUCAUCUUUGUGUCAUAUGAUCUAGAUCUAAAUCAAUGCAUUGAAAAGUGUAAGGAGAGGAGUGACUGUGUAACAUUGAACUUAAAGACAGGUAUUAGCAAUGAAUGCUUUUUAUUUAACGUUACCCUGGCUGAACUACCUGAUGGUUCGACAACUGAAAAUGACAGAUGUACCAUAGUAGAAAAAAUAUGUUAA